AUCUCGUGAGAGUUCGAAGUGAGCGGUCAUUAAAGAAAGGACGAUUAUGGAGUUUAUGCAUGAAGUAUAAACAGAAUUGUAUACAAACAUAAAUGCCUACAACGUAAGAAUUGAUAAUAUAAUUUAUUUGUUGGAUAUGGGGUCUUUAUUGAAAAGCAAUUGAUCGUUAAAUCACGUGACUUAAACUAACAACGAGAAUUCCACCAUAUUUUGGUGGCAGGUGUGAAGGGGUGACAAUGUGAAUCAUCAAAAUACCAUAUGAAUACGUGUGAGAGUGUUGAAAAAUUGUCGUAACUGAUGGUGAUUUUUUGUAUUUCAAGAUUUAACUAUUGACGUCAUACAUUGCGAUUCAGAGGUACAAUCUAAUCUGAAUAUGAGAUGACCAAAAUAUAGACAUGAAGAAACUGUUCCCAUUUAAGAUUGAUUCAGCGGGAACCCAAAACCCCCAUAUUGGCAAGAUUUUCACAGUUGGGAGGUUUACGGUUACAGUAGAGGAUGUUAUAGCGGAGGGUGGUUUUGCAAUUGUUUUCCUGGUGAAAGCACAAAAUGGAAAUCACUAUGCACUCAAAAGACUGUUUGUAAACAAUGACCAUGAUCUGACUGUCUGCAAACGAGAAAUACAUAUAGCAAAAACCCUUACUGGGCAUAAGAAUAUAAUACGCUAUGUAGAUUCCAGCAUUUCAAUGGCCCCAAACAAAGUGUAUGAGGUGAUGUUACUAAUGCAAUACUGUCGAGAUCAUGUGAUACAACAAAUGAAUGAAAAAAUCAACUCAGGCUUUUCAGAAAAGGAGGUUCUGAAAAUUUUCUGUGAUGUAUGUGAGGCUGUAGCCAGGUUACAUCACUGUCAGACACCAAUUAUACAUCGAGAUUUAAAGGUGGAAAAUAUAUUAGUGUCCGACAGUGGACAAUAUGUUCUGUGUGAUUUUGGGAGUGCUACAGCCAAAGUGUUAGUACCUGGUCAACAGAACGUACAACAGAUUGAGGAGGAAAUCAGAAAGUACACAACAGUUUCUUACAGAGCCCCAGAGAUGGUUGAUUUGUACGGAGGAAAACCAAUUUCUACAAAGGCUGAUAUAUGGGCUCUUGGUUGUCUUCUCUACAAAUUGUGUUUCUUCACGUUGCCAUUUGGUGAAAGUACGCUAGCUGUCCAAAGUGGAAACUUCACAAUUCCAGAUGAUUCACGGUUCUCAAAGAUGAUACAUUGUCUAAUCGCAUACAUGCUGGAGGUUGACCCAGACAAGCGCCCAGACAUUUACCAGGUGUCCUGGCUGGCAUUCAGCAUGUCCCACAAAGAUUGUCCUAUUCCAAACAUGAAUGCUGCACCACUGCCAGAUCUGAAUAAAUUACCCACCCCUCUUACAGAAUCGGAAUCCAGACAAUUCAAAACUUCUUCUGCAAAAAAUGUCUCUGUCCAGUCUAUUGAGAGUACCACUGUUACUCCAAGGUCACGACCUAAAGGUCAAGCUAUCCCUCAGGCCAGCUCCCUGAACUUACCAAUACAAACAUCUGUAGUGCCAAGGAAACGACCCACACCUACAAACCCAAACCCAGCCAUGCAACCGAAUACGACAGAAUCCCAACCAAUGAAAGGAGCUACAUCACAGCAGUCCUAUCAAAAUCCUGCACCAGUACAGCCAACCCCCCAACAGCAGGCAGGCUCUAAUGUUUCGGGAGGUCAGAUGGCCCAGUAUUUCCCCGGACACCAGCAGAAUGUCUACCCACCCGCUGGCCCAAAUCAGUAUCGGGGAAAUGUGGCUGCUGGCCCGUAUAGAGCCCCAAGUGGUCCCAUAUCACAAAAUAAUUACAUCCCUAAGCAACAAGGGGUUGUGUACCCUCAACAACAAAUGAACUAUGCACAACAACAGCAACAGCUGUAUUAUCAGCAGCAGAACCCAGUCCAUGCUCACGUGACACAACCCCCUCCUCAGAGUCGUGUGUCCCAGCAGGCAGUUCCUCAAAGUCAUGUCACACAAUCCCAGAAUAACUCUCAGAUGUAUCCCCCUCCAUCUAGUCAGCAUACCGAGGUCCAGCCCCAGAGAACGGAGCAUUAUGCCCAGCUACAGGACUCGACCAAUGUACAGAAUAAUAACUCAAGUAAAACUGACGUGUUUAAAAAACCCGCAGUGCCACAUUCCAAAACCAGAAGUGAUACAAAAGAAAAUACGGAUUCACAGCCCCUGAUCUCUAUCACACCUCCAUCUUCCCCUAAACAUCACAGAACCCACAAACGUAAUGUUAGUGACACCGCAUACCUCACACAGCUCUCCAUGGGAGGCAAAGGCAGUGCUUUCAAGGCAUAUCACUCGGAUAAGAAUUUCUUGCCAGCUCCUCUGCACAUGAAGUGUAAAUCUGCCUCAACCACUCCUAUACACUCCCCAACAAGGUCACCGGGCAUGACACGAGCAGUAUCAGCAGAUAUUGCAGAGUGGAAUCCUUUUGAUGACAAUUUUGGAGGAGAUACUGAAGAGGAACUAUUUGGAAAAGAGUUUGACAAACUGAGGAGAGGAUCUAACAGCAGUAUAUCAAAUGUCAAGAGUAGAGAGGACCUUGUUAUGUCAGGGUCAGACUCUUCUGAUCCCUUUGAAAAAGCACCCUUUAAAAAACCAGGAAACGUAAGGCAUGGCAGCAGUUCUGAUAGUGAUCCACAUAGAAGUUCCAACAGCUCCCGGUCAGGUUACGGAGAUGAAGACGAUUAUCAACAAAGAGGAGAUGAGAAGGACCAGGCCGACACGUCAACCAAUCAGUUCUUUCCUACCACAUUGGUGAAGGCGGCACUCAGCCUGGGCUCUCGGUACCAGAAAUUUGUUGACACUGAUGAGGAUAAGGAUGAGAGGACAACUGUCGCUAGAGAACCUGCUGAAUCAAAACACAAGGAGCAUGAAUCGAGUUCCUCCUACGCCGAGGACGAUCAUCCAAUCAACCAAGUCCAAAAUAUGAAAAAAGAUUUCAGCUAUCAGGAGCUGGAUGAUGAAUAUGGAAGUCGUCCUGUUCCGAUGACUUCCAAGCGCAAGGAGGGGGAAUGGAACACAGAAAAUGAACAGAUGCAAAGCAGUAUGACCUCACCCCAGGGCCAAGGUCAGUUGCCCACAGAUAGGAUUAUGGGACAUGAUUAUGGAGUGAGACCACUGUUGGAUGAUGAUGAACUUGAAGAUGACUUUAGGCCGCCUCACUUUCAUGGCAGUGUGGAGAUUGGAUUUUCUCAUGAACACGACAGUGAUGAUAGUCAUGAAGAAAGUAGCAACAGCACAGUGUCCCCUCAAGUUGGACUGAGCCCUGCCAUGUCUCCCUCUAAUGUGUGCGACCCCUUCACUGCUGCUCCGUUCAGGAAAAGGUUUGCAAAGAAAAAAUCUUCCACAAAUAGUACAUUGUCCACAAAAUCCUCCCCCAAUGAAAUCGAUCCGUUUGCUAAAGCCCCGUUUCGUCCUAAUAUUGUACCAAAGUCAAAGACACACCAUUCCAUGGGAGGAGGGUUGAGUCCCUUAGUGCAUUUGAAUGAAGACAAGACUAAAGCGGAAGUGAAAAGUGAUUUGACUGCAAGCAUUCCUUAUGCAACUCUUCCAAGAAAAUCAAACUCGCGUGUUGUAUCGGGUUCAGCGUCUGUGGGAAUGUCUCCUGUGGAAGAGAAGUUCUCUCACGACAUUUUGUUUGUAGCAGAUCCCAUGUACUCUAAAUCCAGUCAUUCCAGUGUCAAACGAAAUUCUUCUGUACAGUAUCAAACACUAACAGCAGACGACCCAUUCCAAUCUGUUCCAUUCAAGGCAAAGUCAAAGAAGAAUAAAACAACAAAAGAGUCCAUUAACAUCAUGGACAUGGAGAUACCCCCUACAGAGCCAGCAAAACCAGUGCAAGAAAUCUCUAAAAGAUCUAACCUGUCUAAAGAUAGCAUACCCAAAUCCCAUUCCAUUGGAUCAAUGGUCUCGCCCCCGAAACCAAUGAGAGCACUUCCCUCCAGAAGCUCUGGAGAGAAACUUUAUCAGCAGUUGGAGGAGCUGACUUUCGAGAGGAAUGAGGAACUGUUUUCCUCUCAUAGUUCUCAACCUGGUGACCAUCUCAUCAACAAGAACGAUACAUCUGAUGAGGAAUUCGAAAGUGAACUCUCCAAAUCCAAAUCCAGAGGCAGAAAAAGUCCGAAGGAUUACGUGGAAUCUGGAUUUUCCAACAUGAGUUUCAAUGAUGAUGAACUAGCUGACUCGUUGGACAGCUUUCCCUCUCAGAAUGCCCCAGUUAAAGAUCUUCAUGUGGCCAGCAUUCGACAUCCGGCAUUCUCAAAAGAAAAUCCCCCACCCCCCUCUGUAGUCAAAGCAUCAACGGAGGCGUUAAAAGUGAGUUCUGGAGGAUAUGACACAUUCACUUGGCCACGUAAACAGAGGAAACUGGCGACAAACGAGCCAUUCAGCUCCAAAAAGAAGGUGGAUGCUGUAUAAUAAUUGGGCAUUUGUUGAUAUAAAUUAUUGUUAUGUGAUAUAGGUUGUUCCAUUAGACUUGUGAUAAAUUCUUCAUGGCUGCAUAUAGAUAUCGUUAUCUUCUAUUCAGGGUACACUGAGAUUCCUGUAUUUGGUUUUCUUACUUUUCAUUUAGAUGAAAUAUUGAUUUUUUUAAAAAUUAUUAUUACUCCUUAGAUUUCUACAUAAGUUAUUCAUAUACUCCAUAUAAAAGUAAUUUAGAUAUAUUCGUGGUAUUUUGUGACAUGCAAGUUCUUACCAACUAUAUAGUUAACUCUUGAUGGUUUUCGAAGUGAAGAAAUUCAAAUUUUGUUUAAAAAUUUACAAAUUAAUCCAGAAUCUCGAAUGAUUCAUAUCGUUGAGAAAUUCAUUUGCGUUUAUUUCAGAACAACACUGCAUAAUAGGUGCUAUAACUGUUUCUUGUGGGUGUGAAAGAUUGUCAUGUUUGUAAACACUUCCUGUCGUUCUGGAGGUCGAUUUCACUGUUUUUUGUUCUCGGCAGCUCUCACGGUAACGUGAGGUCACAGUACCCUAAAGUAUCAAGUAAUGUCGAAUAUGAACUUCAGUGUUCAACAUUGUCAUUUUUACUCUGAUUGUAUUACAGGGGUAAUUAAACUGUAUGAUUUCCUGUUGCAGUGUACAUGUACAGUCUACUCCGGAUAUGAUGAAAUUCAGGGAACCAACCUGAAUUGUUCAUUAUAUCCAAACUUCAGAAUAACUGAAUUUGAACCAUGUUUAAAUGAUAUUACUGGAGAUUUAUUUUUACUUCAAUAUCACAGAUAGUUCAAUAUAAGGAAUUCAAUAUAAGUGGAGUCGACUAUAUGUUGGCCUGACUUCACUCUCUUAUCAAGGUCAUCUCAACCUCCUAUCAAGGUCAUUUCAAAAGGAAGAUUGCUUCCUGUACUGGUACAUGUAUGUAUAACAGUAUCUGUUGUUUGGGGGAAAAUAGCAUGAGCUGACACGAACACAUUUAGUGAAGGGAGGGGGGGGGGGUUGCGAGUUUUAAACAAUAACAAUAAAUGGUAGUACAAAAAAUGUGUAGAGCAGGUCGUGCUAGGUAUUGGCCUUGACCUUUUGCCGUGUUUAGUGACCCUGUUUAUUUCCUGUGGUUACGUAGUCUACAUUAAACUGUGAUAUCUGAUCUGCUACUGUUUUAUCCGUUUCCUGCUGUAGUUAUUUUUUUUUAAUGCUCUGUUCCAGCCAUUUGUCCGUUGUUGAUUGAUGUACAUGGAUUUACGAAAGUGAAUAAAACUGCUAGUAUAUU